AAGUCGACGCCGUUCCGUUAGAGGUCGUAGAUCCCUCAUAAGGGUAGCAGUAGACGGCUCGUCUCCAGUUGUUGUAGCGGCGCCACUAUCGGACUCGAUUAUGAAGAAUACUGCUGUUGAUAAAGUAACGCAACUCGUCCAAAGAAAAAAUCAAACUCUCGCGUAUAUCGAGCACUUACGGUCACAAAAAGAGGAAUGGGAACAGUUACUCGAAAGGCAGCGCAUGAAGAAUCACCAUGCCGCGAGCAAGGUUGAUGCUCCUUGCGAUCGCAAGCCUUCGGCACGUGUACCUGUUGAAAACCUCGGUCAGAUCGAAACUAUGCAGAAGCCUCGACAUGUCCUGAAUCGAGUUCUUCGUGCUUUCAAUAAACGGAAUGAAGAUCUACAAAAUCAAAAAGUCGUGGAUGAACUCAAAGCGGAGUGCGACGCAACUUCCUCUUCUAUUAUUACUCUGAAAGCACGAACAGAAGCUCUUAUUGCUCUCCUGAAUGCGGAACCUAAAGAGGAACUAUUGGCAAGGAAGACGUGGUUGGAAGAUUUGAGAAGCAGAGAAGACAGGCGUUUUCAUUGGCUUGAAGAGAGAAUGGCUCGUUUGGAAGCACGAAAAGCUUUUUUUAAUGAGACACGCAGCGUCACCUGCAAUUGA